AUGAAGAAUUUUCGGGAUACGAUUAUCCAAGUCAGGUCACGGUAACACACCCAGCUCAACCUUUACCUCGUCCACCUCUUCCAUCCCUUCCAAGUGAAAAUGAAGAAGAUACCCAGUAUUUAAGUCUAAGAUGGCAGAAUGAAGACCCGUUGCCGGGUAAAGGCAUCUUCAUUAGCUCAGGAGACUCAGAUAGCGUAAACUCAUUCCUUGAGAAUGUUGAACAAGCCAUCAGGGAGUUUGACAACAUGAAUGGGACGACGAAGGAUGACAGAGAGCAAUCUAUUCUUCAAGUUGUCUUACCCAAUCUGGAAGAGAAAUGGAAAAGAUCAUGCAAAAAUAGAAUGAAAAUUUACAUUGAUUUGGUACAGAUUGGCUGCAGCAAAACCAGUUCUAAUAUUGUGAGGCAUAGUCUCCGACAAUUACUUCGUUUGAUGCUAUUUGACAACCUGGAAAGUGGAGAAGACAACUUGCUUGGUCUGGAGAGAAUUAUAAGAUUGUCGAUAAGCUCCCCUGAUGCAGUUUUUAAGGAGGAAGGACAUCAAGAAAGAUUACUCCGACUGUCUGUGUACAGUCAGACUCUUGUGUUACUGAUUAUUCAGAAGACUCAGAAAUGGCUCUCUUCUGAUAAUAUUGAACGUGAGUUGUUACAGUUACGAGGAUAUCUGGGAAAAUCUUACAACAAGGCGAAGGAUCUUCUUCACUACUCAAUGGAAUUCAUCAACCAAGCCAUUGGGUACUUGGCAAAAAGUUGGAAAAAAUUUGAGAAUUCAAGGGUAAUGGCUUACCUUAAAGAGUGCACAGAGAAAAGUGAUCCACGUUAUGAAGGGAACAGAGAGUUAACAUUCAUAAAGACAUUGAAGAACCCCAGGAAGGCAAAGAAAAGAUGGUUUGCUUUGCAUUGCGUCAUAUUGUACCUUCAUUUUAAGACUUACAGAGAGGACACUAUUCAUCGAUUGGAGACAGACAGGCAAUCGGUGCGUCUAUUACGAAGUGUGAUUGAAGCUUACAGAGUAGAUGAUGGAAAUGACUGGAGGUUUUGUUUACUGGCAGGCUCAGUUUUAUCGGACAUCUCGAUGAAUAACAUAAGCAAAGAAAACAGAAUAGAUGCUUGUAUCUGUUUGUUUAACUUGGUAAAAGAAGAAGUUUGCCGAGAAAUCCUUGAACCUUUGUCGCGACAGGUGUUGCUUAGCCCGGACAGCUAUAUUCGUUCAUUAAUGGCAGAUGCACUGUGCUUGAAAGACAAUUCGUGCUGCGCUGUAACUGAAGAGCAUCUCAUCGACCACCUUGUGACGAGAUUCCCAGCCCUAGAGGUAAACAAAAAAAUCAUCAGUCAAGAUGAUCGGUGUUUCAUAAAGAAAGCUGUAUUCAGGGGAAGAGAAGCUGUCGUGAAGGUAAUGUACGUCACAAACCAGAACGUUAGAGGGAGGAUGCCGUCAGAUUGUCAACAAGCAAAUCGGCGCUUCAUCCGAGAGGCCCAUUUUCUUAGUCGAAUCCAAAAGCAUCCAAAUUUCCCUACUCUUCUCAGUUACAACACAGAGACGUUGCCGUAUCAUCUCAUCACUGAAUACGAAAGUCAAGGUAACCUCUUGCAGCUACUUCAAAGGACGCAUGAUCCGCACUCCCGGUUGGAAGAAACUUUGCUUCUGCAAAUGCUCAUCAACAUAGCUGAUGCACUUCAAUACUUGGCAAAACUGCACUUGGUGCACCGUUCUGUUAUGGCGAAAAAUGUUCUCGUAGGAGAUGACAAUGUUUGCAAACUUAGUGGCCUCCAUUCCUUACGACCAAUAGACUGGGGUCCAUUAACUGAAGCUGAAGAUGUCAACGAUGACCUCCCAUUGAAGUGGAAAGCUCCUGAGUGCUUAAUGGAAUAUAAGUACUCAACAGAGUCUGAUGUCUGGGCGUUUGGAGUCGUUAUGUACGAAGUAUUGACCCUUGGUUGUCCCCCAUUUGGAAAUUUAAGCAAUGAAGAUGUCUAUAACCACGUUACGAGGGGAGGAACACUGCUUCUUGAAGCGUGUUUCGAAGAUAGUGAAAACAGUCUCAUGAAGCAGUGCUGGCAAUGGAAAAGAAGCGAGAGAAUCAGCUUUCCAAAGCUCUCCAGCAGACUCAGCAAGAUGAAUGCAGACCUGAAAACAGCAGGUGUUGCAAGAAUGAAAUCAAGACCUUAUCCACAUCCACUCUUUGCACAUGCAAAAGUAGCUGCGAAAAGAGAAGAUGAUGGCUCAUAUAUGAUGAUAAAGGAAAGUUCACGUGUUGUAGAGAAGAUCAGGUCUGAAGAUGAACUUUAUCAUGAAACGUUGAAAAAGCUCAGCCAUCAAAACAUCUCCAUUUCCAUACUUUUGAAGAGGUGCUCUCCAGAAAUUCAAAUAAUUUCUAUGGAAGGUAAAUUUGGGAACCUUAAAGAUUACGUUCUCAGCGGAAGAAAAGGAGGUUCUUGCGAGAAAGGCGCCUUAGUUACAUUCCUAUCCCAGGUAGCAUCUGCGCUCGAUUAUCUUCACACUAUGCAUAUUGUUCAUGGAAACCUCCGCGCUGAGCAUGUGAUUGUUGAAAGUUCUAACCAGGUUAAAGUUACCCGUCUUGGCCGCUCCAGGCGUUUGUCAACGAGACCAAAUGAGGAAACCAGCAAGGAUUGCGAGGAAUCGGCUGAUAUGCCGCCUGAUGCUACUCGCUGGAGCGCGCCAGAAGUGAUUUCUCAAGGGCGGUACAGUCACGCUAGCGAUGUGUGGUCAUUUGGUGUCUUGGCAUGGGAACUGUUUGCAGCGUUUUAUGAUAGUAAUAUCAUGCCACGACAAACGAUACCGUACUACAACCACACAAAUGACGAGAUUUUGCAAAGUAUCAAAAAAAACCAGCAACUACAAAAACCACUCUCCUGUCCAGACUGGAUACAUUUUGUGAUUCAAGAAUGCUGUUCCUAUGAAGCAAAGGAGAGGCCACCUGCUAUUGCUCUCUUCGACUGUCUGACAUGCAGAAUGCCGAUGAAAUCUUGGUUGAUGGAGGUUUGUUCAAAAAGCCCCACGAAAAGGAAGUUGCACGAUGUAUGUCAACCAGAGGAUGCCUGUCACUUGUUAAAGGAGGAAGAUCGUCCUCGAAAAGAGGACAUUGAGAACAUGUGCUCAGAGGGUUACUUCACAAAGUAUGCAACCCAAAGUAUUUACAGUGAGGAAGAAGGAUAUGAAGACAUAAGCCACUUUCAAGAAAAAGCAGGUUCGUUCGCUAACGGAGACAUACGCACAUCUGAAGAGCAUCGACCUUCACCUCCUCCAUCUACGAUCACAUCAGAGGAACCGUUGAUUCAAUUAAACCAUCUCUACGUCAAUUGUCGUUAUGAGAGGCCAGAAUCACCGUCUCUAGUUGCUGGGAAGUGUUUCAGAGAUGAUCCUAUGAACCUGAAGAUCUAUAUUCGCCGUGGACAAUGUGAUCAAGGGACUAUACAUGUGUUCUUGUCUCAAGUAGCAUCUGCGCUACAUUAUCUUCAUACACAGCACAUUGUUCAUGGAAAUCUCUGCGCCGAAAAUGUCAUAGUCGUGGACUCCUACAAGGUUCAGGUCGUCUGUCUUGGUCAACACAAGCUUCUGACCGUGGGAGCAGGUGAAGACACCAGCAAGGCUAGCGUUUUGCAAGAGGAUAUGCCACUUGACUGUGCUCGCUGGAGCGCGCCAGAAGUGAUUUUUCAAGGGCGGUACAGUCACGCUAGCGAUGUGUGGUCAUUUGGCGUCUUGGCAUGGGAACUGUUUGCAGCGUUUUCAUCUGGUGAAAACUUACCAGAACGAACGUUCCCCUAUCAUGAUCUUUUGGACCACGUGGUUAGUGUAAGCAACAAUCUCCUUCAAAAACCACGUUCCUGUCCAGAUUGGAUAGAUAUCAUAAUUCGUGAAUGUUUGAAAUAUCAAGCCGAGGAGAGACCACCGGCCAUUGCGCUCUAUGAUUGUCUGUCAUGCAGGGUGCCAAGGCAAUCUUGGUUGAUAAAAUUGUGGAUACAAAAUCAUAAUAGAGAGGAGUGGCCUGAUCUAACCAUCUGUCAACCAGAGGAUGCACCUCACGUCUUAAAGGAAGAAUGUCGUCCUCGGAGGGAGGACAUCGAAAAGAUGUGCCAGAAAGGCUUUGAUUCGACGUACGAGCUACCCCCACCGUAAAUUCCAUUAGUACAAUCAGUAGCUAUACUUGCGAGCCAAAGUGAACAUCAGACAUAAGGAGGUUCUGUCAGUAUUAACUGAGUAAGGAGCAUCGCCUGGCAUGAAGCGUUGUGGAGUACAUAACCAGCGGACUAAACAGUUCGUAUCCAGACCUAACGACUAUAAAAUGUAAAAUAUAAAAUAUUACAUGGUAGAAUAUAAUUUACAAGACGUUUGCGCAAAACAGUCAAAAUUGAAAUAUUCUUUCCGUGAUGCAGUCUGAUUCAGGCUUUUGUAAACAAAGGUCAAUAUAGUUCUAUUUAAAGUGAAGACAUUCAUGACAUGUCUCUAAUUUCUAAAGUUUUAGUUUAAGGCCUAAAUCAAACUAUUGCUGACACCGACGGAGUCUUCUUGGAUGCCCUCUAGACUUACAGUCACUUUACUUUUUUUCGAAAUCUAAAGACACGUUGAUCUGAGCUGAACGUGAGCACACCAAGACUUGGAAAUUACUGUCCAAAAAAACUUUUGACUUUAUGGUUUCAAUGCGCUAAGCGGGAAAUUUACUUGUUAGCCUAAAAUGUAAUCGUCCUUUGCAAACCAUCGGUGCAAAUUGGACAGUGAGCAAUGUUUCAUCAGGCCUCCUCAAAACCAUUCGAAUGAAAUAGGAUAGUUUGUACUUUUGUAGACAAUUUGAUUUAUUGAUUUAUUUGUUUUGCCUUAGCCCUGGCAUGUUAUCAUUAACCCUCGAACUUAUUGCAACAGAAGCUUUGU